CUUAUUUCUCAUGCACAUUUCCAUUGUUUUCCAAUUACAAAGCCAAUGAAACCAGCCAUGAGCAUUGUUGUUACUUUUCUUUUCCUGGGGUUACUUACCGUAAGCUUCCGCUAUGCAAGCUCUUACCAGCAGGGUUGUAUCGAAAGUGAGAGAAUUGCCCUUCUAAGGUUCCAGCAAGAUCUUGAAGAUCGUUCCAACCGGCUAGCCUCUUGGGGUCAUGGAAAUUGUUGUUCAUGGGAUGGUGUCGUCUGUCACAACAUGUCAGGCCAUGUCCUUGAGCUGCACCUGGGAAAUCCUCUCAGCUUAUCCAAUUCUGAAGCUGACCCGUUAAUUGGUAAGAUCAAUCCUUCUCUGCUUGAUUUAAAACAAUUGAUUUACUUUGACUUGAGCGGUAAUGCAUUUGAAAGAGCUCAGAUUCCUCAGUUUCUUGGCUCUAUGAAGAAUCUAAAAUAUCUUGAUCUUUCUAGAGCUGGAUUUGUUGGAAUGAUUCCCCACGAGCUUGGAAAUCUCUCAAAUCUGGAAUAUCUUGAUCUCAGUCACAGUUAUAUUCAUCCUGGGGAUUUAUUUGUUGAGAAUUUCCAGUGGCUAUCCAGGCUUUCUCACUUGGAACAUCUUAGCUUGAGUUGGGUAAAUCUCAGCAAAUCUUUUGAUUGGUUGCAGGUGAUAAGCCGACUCCCUUCCUUGGAAGAGAUAAAACUGUCAGCUUGUGAACUCCAUCACUUUCCUUCACUUCCCCUUGCAAAUUUUUCUUCUCUUUUCACACUUGAUUUGAGUGAUAACUACUUUGAAGGUUCAAUCCCUGGCUUGCUUCAGAACUUAACUUCUCUUGUACAUCUUGAUUUAUCUAAUAACUUUUUCAAUUCUUCAAUACCUGAGUGGUUGUCCGGAUUUAGGCAUCUUGAAGUCCUUUCUCUUCAGUACAAUGGCUUGCAGGGUAAAUUUUCAGGACCUCUUGGAAACCUGACUUCCAUUCGAACACUUGAUCUCUCAGGCAAUACAUUUGAAGACAAAAUCCCAAUGUCAUGGGGAAAACUCUGCAGCUUAAGGGCAAUAUCUCUCUCAGAUUCUGCGUUGAACCAGGAAAUUUCUGAAGUCCUGCAUAUUUUCUCAACAUGUGCUUCAAAUGUACUAGAGUGGUUGGAGUUGACGGGUUGUCAAGUUUAUGGCCCUUUGACCAAUCAACUUGGAGAAUUUAAACAGCUGGUCACCCUUCUUCUUUCUAAAAACUCUAUUUCUGGUCCUGUUCCAUCGUCUUUAGGAGAACUUUCAUCCUUGCAAAUUCUACAAAUUUCACACAACAAAUUGAAUGGAACUCUUUCUGAAGCCCAUUUUUCCAAUCUCACAAUAUUAUGGCUUUUUGAUUUAUCUGAAAAUUUGCUGACGUUGGAAGUGAGUCCUCACUGGAUUCCUCUUUUUGAUCUUUUAAUAUUAGCAUUGAGUUCUUGUCAUAUAGGGCCCCAAUUUCCUGUGUGGCUUGCUCUACAAAAGGAUCUUCUGUUUUUGGAUAUUUCGAACUCGGGAAUUUCAGAUAAGAUUCCAACAUAUUUAUUUACAUUUCCUGAUCUCCUAUUUGUGAAUCUCUCUCAUAAUCAACUCUACAGGGAGAUUCCAAAUUUAAGUGGAUCUUUUAAUCUUACAAGACUUGAUCUGAGUUGGAAUAAUUUAUCAGGUCCGUUACCUCUCAUACCCCCUCUUUUGCGUUCACUUGAUCUUUCGAAAAAUGUUUUAUCAGGAUCCAUUUUCCAUUUUUUGUGUUCUGGGAUGCACUUGUUCAAGAGUAAGCUGCAAAUUCUCAUUCUUAAAGAGAAUUUUUUGCAAGGAGAGUUGCCUGAUUGUUGGAUGAAUCGGCAGAACUUGAAAGUUCUGAAUUUAGGCAGCAAUAAAUUCACUGGCAUUCUUCCGGACUCCAUUGGAACUCUAAGUUCCCUGUUGUCUCUCCGUCUUCGCAAAAACGAUCUCUCUGGAUCAAUACCAGCAUCACUUGAAAACUGUACAGAGCUACUAGCAUUUGAUAUUAGCGGAAAUAAUUUUGUUGGAAACAUUCCAGCUUGGAUUGGAGAAAAUUUCCUCAGGAUGAUGGUUCUCAACCUUAGUUCGAACAAGUUUGAAGGCCUUUUUCCUGUAGGAAUUUGUCACCUUGCUUCUCUUCAAAUUUUGGAUAUUGCUCACAACAAUUUAUUUGGAGCCGUUCCAGGAUGUAUCGGUAACUUGAGUGCCAUGAUGAGCAGGAGCUAUUCUGAAGAUGUGUCUAUACAGAUUCGAUUCGAUGAAGGUCCAUUUACAACCUAUGCUUCUCUUGAGGAGGCAUCUCCAGUGAUGAAAGGAAGAACAUUCACCUUCACCAGACUGGAUAGAAGAAUAGACCUUUCCGGAAAUAGUUUAUCUGGGAAGAUUCCUGUAGAAGUGACGAAUCUUGGAGCACUGCAAUCGCUGAAUUUGUCCCACAAUCUUUUUACUGGAAGCAUUCCACAGAAUAUUGGUGCUAUGAGAUCAUUGGAGUCCAUUGAUUUGUCAGGAAAUCAACUUUCUGGAAAACUUCCAGAGAGCAUUUCAACCUUGAUAUGCUUGAGUCAGUUGAAUGUAUCAAAUAACAACUUAGUUGGGAAAAUUCCUACAGGCUUACAAGGAUUUGAUGCCUCCGGUUUUACAGGCAACGAACUUUGCGGACCUCCACUUCCAAAUAACUGUACAGCGACUGCUGUGGUACCCGAUUCCAGAAAUGCAGGAGGGGAGGUGAACUGGUUCAAUAGAGGAAUGCCAGCUGGGUUUGCGGUGGGAUUCUGGAGUGUCAUAGGUCCUUUGCUUGUCAAGAGGAGAUGGAGAUCGGCAUAUAAUCUUUUCUUGGAUCGCCUUGGAUACAGAAUCAGCUUUUUUAUGAGGAAGUAUUUCCGGAUUAAUCUGUAAAUUUUGUUGUUAGCUUACUUGCAGAGCUAAGCAUUUAGAAGUCCUGAAAGUUUUCUUCUUU